UCCAGCAGGUCUCUCUGGAACGACACGUUUGACGUUCCGGACCCAACGUACAACACUGCAUUGCACAGGCAAAUUUCGCUCUUGUUCAAAGUUGAUUCCUUUUUCUCUGUGUGCGUGACUUUCAGGACAAUUGAGAAUGGGAGAUGAAAUGGGUUCGAACGGUAAUGUCAGUGAAAGCGGUGGCAGCGAUCAGAGUCAUGGCGUAAUAGAUAUAUAUCCUCUGAGUUACUACUACUUUGGAUCCAAAGAAGCCCUUCCCUUUAAGGACGAGACCUUGGCCGAUCGUAUUCAGAGGAUGAAGUCCAACUACGCUGCUCAUGGGCUGAGGACUUGUGUGAAAGCUGUAAUUCUGGUUGAGUUGUUCAAUCAUCCUCAUUUGUUGCUGUUGCAAGUAAGGAAUUCCACCUUCAAGCUUCCUGGUGGCCGCUUAAGGCCAGGUGAAUCAGAUAUUGAUGGAUUGAGACGUAAGCUGUCAAGAAAGCUUUCUGUCAAUGAAAGCGGUGAUGAGGCUGAAUGGGAGGUGGGAGAAUGCCUUGGGAUGUGGUGGAGGCCUGACUUUGAAACAUUACUAUAUCCGUACUUGCCACCUAAUGUAAAAAGACCUAAGGAGUGCACGAAACUCUUUCUUGUGAGAUUGCCGGCUAGUCGGAGGUUCAUAGUACCAAAAAAACUAAAAUUGCUGGCAGUUCCAUUGUGCCAGAUACAUGAAAAUCACAAGACGUACGGACCAGUCAUAUCGGGCGUGCCGCAGCUGCUAUCCAAAUUUUCAUUCAACAUCAUUCAAUCUUAAAAUAAACCUGUUUCAUCGUAGCAUAGUCUAUAUGGUAAGUAUAUGGGACCAGGAAGAAGGAUGUGUGUGAAGAAGGUUUUUUUUACUGCGGCAUUAAUUUCAUGGAAUCUGGACAGGCACUUGUAUAUAUGUUGGUUUUCUAUAGUUUUACCAAAGGUGGUGAAUUUGUAAUACUGCAAUAUAAAUUUUAUUUUUUUGUUUUGGCGUGACACUUUUCUUUGACUAUGUAAAUGCUCACAAUCGAAGUUUUGAAGCAGAAUUAAAUGUCUUUUUCUUCAAAA